UUCAUUAGGGGGGAUGUGUCCGUGCAGCGUACACGUCGACCUGCAUCCACGCCACCCUCUCUCUCUCUCGGCGCCACCCCUGGCCUCAGUCGCGCUUCGCGGCCAACUUGGUACACACGCCACUUUGUUGUUUCUCCCUCUCGGAGUUUCGUCCGCAUUUGUACGUUUUCGACGUCGCGUCGCGAGAUAAUCGUGCUACGCGAGAAUAUUUCGUUUCGAUCUUGCCGUCGAUCGUCGAUUCAACGAGAAAAAGUAAUCACCGACGGUCGUUAUUAACACCACUCUCUCUGAUUACGCCGUCUGUGUUUCUCGUUUUUACAUAUCGAAACUUCCUUUCCUGCCUUGUUUCUUCGUUCGUUCGAUUCGACGCGGUUGCGAUCAUGAAUGACGAACGUUUCAUGAGUUGAAGAUACCGUAUAAUAUCUACUCGGUGUCGAACGAUUAUUACGAGUGCGUUCUUUCCGUUGGUAACUAUCGUGUGCGCGAAUGUACUGUCCAUGAAGAAGGCAGAGAUCGCAGUUCCAUCGUGAAACGCAAAAGAAGCUUCCUGCUGAUCGUUCCUUCCGUGAAUGUGAAGAGGAUCGUCUUCGUUCGUCACCAGGAAGGAUUGUCCCCGUAAGAUCGUCGCGGAAGAUCUUCACGUAGGAGGAUCAAAAGGGAUCCUUCCUCUGAAUCUGCAUGGUGCGGCUACACGCCAGGCCGACAGGAUUUCAUGUUCACGAAUUUCAGUAAACCAGGUAACGAUGCGCCUAAUCCGCCUUCACGGUAUCGGCGCGUCGAUUUUCAGAUUUUCCUUCGCGCGACACCCUCGCGUAGUUAGCUCUAUCGAGAGAAUACGUUCAAUUUGCGCGCUCGGCUUUCCUCUGGCUGCACGCGGUGGUUCGCUUAGAGGGGAGGCCAGCUGUGGAUUCGCGCCUAUUCCGUGGCCCGCAAACAACCUACCAGAACCGGACCCAUCGAUCGCGAGAUCUAGAGGCAUGCGUCGCGUGUUCCUCUCUCUCUCACUUUGUCAAUCUCCCUUCGAGAGACUAAGACGCAACCCACGUCGAGGCAAAAACGUUCAACUAUCACCGAUCAAAUACGACGUUGAUAUUUCUUGUCGCACGACCGUUUAAACGCAUUUGUUUGGCCAGUUUUUAUCGACGCGCUAGCCUCGCUCGUUCGUUGAUCCGCUGUUUUGACAGUUCGUUUUCUAUUUUUACACGAGUCGAUAAUCGGAUAGGAAAAUAAGGGAAAUGGUUGUACCGUUCAACGUAGAAAAUAUGCGGGAUGUAUCGAAACCGGGGGAUCAGAAUCCCUUGUUAAAUUCCGUAACUGGUCGGAAAACUGUAUAGUUUAGCGGAUUUCGAUAAUAUGCUCAGUAAACUAGACUGUAUUUAUUGGUUUACCGUCCGAUUGAAACAUAAACUCGCUCAGCGCGGACAAAAAUACGCGGUAACGCGAUUGUCGAUUCUCGAAAAUAUAUUCGCCAACGAACGCGUGCGUGGCCUAUUUCGUGACCAUCGUAUCGUUUCCAUUGUUUCGCGAACAGUAAAACCAGGCGAAAGAUGUUCCUUCACGCUGUAGAUGAGAACAAGAAAAAUUUACGAGCGAUGAAAUUUCAAUAAGCGAAACGAAUAUGCAAGUUGAAACGCGCGAAGACUGACUUUUGCUCAAUGAAAUGAUAAAAAAUCUAUUUUUUUAAAUACGUAGCUUUAUAGUAGCAAAUAAAGGAAAUCCAAAAUUGUACGUAAGAUAGACCAUAAAAUUAGCAAUAUAGUACGUAUCGUAUUUCACGUCGGAAAAAUUACAUAUCAACUGAAACGAAGAAACGUUGUUUCUCAGUUUCUAGAUACUUCAAUUUAAGGUUUGUAAUUAGCCGAAGUGCGCGACGAAUAAAUACGCAACUAUGCAAUUACUCAUUAUGUAGCUUACAUCUAAAAUUGCAAUUUACGUAGUUGCGUAAGGUAAUAAAUAUUAAAUUUCGCAAUUUUUCAUAGGAGACAGCGGUAGAAAGGAAAGGAGAGAGGGAAUAAAGAAACUCAUUUCUUCCUCGAGUCAGAAUUCGAAAUACGCGAAAUAAUAUUUCUGAAUCGGGAAUGUUCUUCGGCCCGUACAAACGAAACGUUCCUUAAGAUAUAAUUUAAAAGCGACGUCCUACGGGCAUGUGUUUUUACGAAAGUUUGUCAUGCAAAUUUCCUAGAAAUAUACUGGUCGUUUCACAAUCGAAAAAUAGGAUUUGAGAGAAAUAAAACCGAGCGAAAUAAAAAAGACGAGCCGUAUGUAGCUACGUUAGAAUUUUCUCGGGAUUAUUUGCGCAAUGUUUCUCCGGUAACGUUCUUUCCUUAUGCAAAUACAGAAUGCCCUCCUUACAUCGUGCACUUCGGUGGACAAAUAUUACAGUAACGGUAUAUCAAGAUUAAUUUUUAAUCCUUCGCGAUGAGCGGUGGGAAACGAACCAUAUUUUAUCAUGCGCGCAUGUAGUUUUUCCGUGCAUCGGGUUACUUACGCGUUGAUUAAGAGAAAAAUAAGAUAAAAAUAGAAUUAGCAAAAAAAAAGAGAGAAAAAGUAAAGAAAAGUAAGUACCAUGCCAACCGAUCGCGUUUCAUAAACCGAUGAACAGUUAUCGUUCAUUUUCUAUAGCUUGAUGCAGCAGACGAUACUCCUAUUAAAAUGAACUGGUCGAAAGUUCGAGCAUAAUCAACGCCAAACAAUGUGUUUACACUUUACCCUUCUGAAAAAGACGACGAGAGGGAACAGAGAGCAAUUUCUCGCGUCUCUUUUUUACCGUACGUCUCUCGAACGUAUCGUGACGUCGUGCAAGAUGACGCAUCGAUAUCGAUCGAAUCCUUCGAUCGCAGAAAAUCGAAGGAGUAUGUGUUGCGCGAGAAAGAGAGAGGGAGAGAGAGACAGAGAGGAAAAUGAAUUCGCGGCAUAACCACGACUUUCAAUUGUCUCGUACUAGCGGCAAUACUUGUGUAACGCGUAAGAACGUUUAAUAAAGGCCCUGAAGUUUCUGCAGCAAAACGUCUCGAUCUUUUCAAAAUUACACGUUUAAAGCGUGCUAUUUCUUCUCCUUCUAAGUCACACCACCGCAUUGUCGCUAAGAAAACGUACGACCGAGCGCAGCAGCGUGCGUCUUUUAUCGAGACAGCGUAUUUUAUGCGAACUUUCUUACCACCGCAUUAAACUUUACUGCGCUAUCGUGAAUCCGUUGCGUUUUGUUCGAGCGUGAAUUAUGUAUACCAUCGUGUACGACGCUCCUUUCGUUGCGAGUUUUAGUCCGAACGAUCGGACCAAGUACCGAACAAAAAUCGAAGAUACUUGAAGAACGAUCGUGCACGUACAUGUGUCGAUCCAUUAAUUAUUCAUCAUGACAAAGAGAAGAAAAGAUAAUUAGAAGUUUUAUCGCGAAAUGCCGCGCUAAUAGUCUGUGUUGGGCAAUUUACGAGGAAUCGGCGCGCGCGCAGUUAACGCGCGAACAUGAGCGCAGCGCGAGAAGAUCGCGCAAGCCGCGUGGCACCGCUGCAUUUCCGGUAUGCACCGCGCGAAGAUCGUCCCUGAAGAUCUGCCAGCCGCACGGAAGACAGAAACAUGUCUUUUUUUCUUCCUUUUUUUUUUUGCCGCGCGACUUCUCAACGCGCUAGGGCGAAAAACAGCGACGUAUUCAGCCACAAUACGUCACGAUAUACCUGCUUCCACUUGUUUUCCUCGUGGAACAAUCAAGGCCAUCGCGAGAUAAUUAUGCAGAUAACGGCGAUGCUCGCCGAUAUCCCAGCUGUAGGAGGAUCUACAGGGUUGGGAUUGGAGAUAGACAAGAUGGACCAACAGUAUUGCCUACGGUGGAACAAUCAUCCAGCCAACCUCACAGACGUUCUCAGCUCCUUGCUUGCCAGAGAGGCACUCUGCGACGUUACCCUGGCGUGUGUUGGAGAGACAUUCAAGGCACACCAGACGAUACUCUCUGCAUGCAGUCCAUAUUUCGAGAGCAUUUUCCUCCAGAAUACCCAUCCCCAUCCAAUUAUAUUCCUGAAGGAUGUCAAUGAAACGGAAAUGAAGGCAUUGCUGCACUUUAUGUAUAAGGGAGAAGUUAACGUUAGUCAGCAUCUGCUACCGAUGUUCCUUAAAACAGCUGAGGCGUUACAGAUUAGAGGCCUCACUGAUAAUAGUGUAAAUAACAAGGCAGAAGAGAAAAGUCCAUCGCCAGAACCAGAAUCACAAUCUGGUGUUAGGCAUACUGAAUCGCCUAACCUUCAGCCUCUUCCUGAAAAGAGGAAACGAAAGGCCUCGGGCAGCUAUGAUGUUUCCCUUAGUGGUCCACCCAGUGAACGAUUCAUGUCAGAUUCUCAGGCAUCGUCACAAUGUAGUUACAAAUCAAGCCCUCCCGUGAUUCCAAAGUUAAAUAAUGCCAUGGGAGGUGAUAUGGAAGAUGGUGGUCGACCUAUGUCUCCUGCAUCACAGCCACAACCUUCGAUCAAGCAAGAGUUAGAUCAUCAUUUGCCAGACUUCCAUGACAACAUUUCCCUCCCAGGUCAUCCAGUUGGACUGCUAGGAGAAGAAGGAGGAGCAACAACAGGCACGCUAAGCGAUGGUGUGUCAACAAUUGAAUCGUCUGAACACCAUAAUCCCCCAGAAAUGCUCGACGGACUCGAUGAUACGACACUUUUAACCCCUCAGGGCAUUGAGUGCGCGCCGAUUACAUACAUUCAGAGAGUUAAUCUGUCGGAGUUUUUCGAAAAGCUGCCGUAUACGUACACUAGCAAAUGCAAACUAUGCGGUCGGGUCGUGUCGAAUCUAAAGAAUCAUUAUUUGACGCACAAUCCAGGAAAUUACGUGUGCCCGCUCUGUGGCUGUCGUAGGACUCGACUGGAUAACUUGAAGGGUCACAUUAAACAGAAACACCCUGAGAUACAGAUACUGCAGAAGUCCAGCGGCACCGUGCAGACAUGAACAGAGUCUUGUCUCUAGCAAUUCUCUCCGUGAUAUCUUCCCCUUUUGCACGGUACGCCGAGCGUUCGAGCAUUUACGAGCACCACGGUGCAUUCAUUGAAAUCGCAAGCACAGCUAUCGAUUGUUUUCAAUUGUGAAUUUUCUUUAGGAAUAUACCACUUGAUAUAUUUAUUACAGUAGAACGUUGAUUAUCCGGAUAUUAAUUAUUCAACGAUAAAAAUGUCAAUAUAAUCCGUUACACAUGAUCAUUUAUAUUUCUGUACAGCAAUGCAAAUUAAAUACAAUUCUUAUCAAAACCUACGUUAAGCUGAAUGUGUAAUUUCCACUUCUCUUUAUCUGAGAGUUUUAUCCAGAUAAUCGAUAACCGAUAUAUCAUUAGAUAAUUAUAAAUAGUAUUCUACUGUAUUAUAGAACUCGUACUUAUUUUAUACUACUUUUUAGGUUUAAUUUCUCUCUCCCUAUUUUGGGAUUAUUAAAGACUCUAGAGGAUAUUGUAACGUUAUCCAUAUUUUACAUAGUAUCGCAGAAAAAUGUAUUUAAUCUUUUAGUAAUUUCAGCGAGCACCGUAACGAUACUUAAAUCCUCGAACGUUCGCUCUAUCCACCUAGAACCCUUUUUCACGAGUGGUGGUAGCACGGUCGAAGGUCGUUUCGUCUUAUCCGCUUCCUUCGUGUCUCGUCAGUCAACGUCAAGAACCGUUUCGCCGGCCCGUUCGUUCGUUCGAUAGGCUCUUAACCCCAAGAACAGCAUUGUGUGCGCCGUUUCAGCGAUGAAUAGGUGCGCUGGAAGCGUUCCCGUUCUUGAAAAUGGUGAUACUUUAGUCACGCAAGGUGGUCGAAAGUAUACGAGACUUUAACGACGCGAACGAGACGAAAGACGCGGCGUAUCGGCUCGUAAUUCUCUGCUUACAAACCGAAUGGAUCGUGGUGUGAAAUUCGUAGAAACCACCCCAUCCCGUAUCGGUUGUCCAACAAUGUGCAAUCGUUCGUAUCGACGUUAGUAUCGCGAUGGAUAAGCGGAUUUCACGAUUGACGCACGUGUUGUAUACUCGUCGAUCAAAUCGAUCCAAGAUCAACGCCUAUAGUUUUUUGUCUGUAACCGAACACUAAAAACGAAACUACAAAAGGAAAAGUCGUUUCCAAAAGAAAAGAAAAAAAAAACGGUAAUAGAUUCGUUAUACAUAAUUGUAAAUUAAGAGGCCCAAAUGGUGUAUCGUUUUACGAUUAAUUAUUGAUCGUUUGCUAGAUAUCUUGAGAUUAAUUCUAUGAAUUAGCCCGCUGUACUAAGUGGAGAUUUUAGCGGAAUGGAUGGUUUGUAACUAAGAAUUAAAAAUGAAAAUAGCUUAUAUAAUAAAUUUGAAACAGUGAAGAAUGAAGGUGCUGGUACAUCGUCUCGUAGUAAAUAAUUAAUCAUCUUCUAGACACGUUCAGAUUAAUCCCAUGAAUUUCUUCGUUGCACUGCAGAGAGACUUUAGAGGGAGAGAGUGUGGUGUCAUAGGACGAGACACGUUAUGUCACAUCUCUGAUACAAGGAACAGUUUCUCGUGUCACAACUCUGUCGACCUUAACACAUGGUUGGCGUAGAGAAUCAGUGGGUUUCCUUGUACAUUAGUAGAGAAACCCUUGAUAGAGGCGAAGUGGAAAUUAGUAUUAUGCGACAUUUCUCUAUUGGUCUCGAUGGUAGUUCGUUUCUUGGUCAAAGGACGUUUCACGGUUAGCGAUAAAAAGUGUUUCGUCGUUUUGCGUCCAGUCGUGACGACGACAUAGUCCACUGGUUCGAUCCUCCUUGCAUUUAAUUACAUCGUGCUCCCUUCAUUAGCGUAAUUAUUCUUUUUGCGCACGUCUUCUUGCACCGUUCUUUUGACGAUCGAUCGAUCUCCUUCGCCAACUUCCGUCCAAGCUCCGUUUUAUUUUUCCAACCUCGACGCUGCUGUCGUUUGGCUGGUUUGUUAGCUAUGCAGGUAGAGUUGCUGUAAAUUAGCGGCUUAAAUAACUUCUUUGUUCACGCCACUUUGCAAAAAAUAUCCUUAUAAAUACUGGCGUUUGUUAGGUGGUUGUUCCGGACUUGUCUUAAUUUCGUUAACCGGUACUGUUUGUUCUCUCGCGAGUAAUCUUGCUGUUAAGGAAACUUCGAUCACUUAACAUGCAGCCAACUUUAAGUUUGUGUAUUGGAAAAAUAGUAAAUACGGAAGUUUUCGUGUUUAUUCACAGCAAAAUACUAUUAGCAUAUCAUUAUGUUCUAAUGUAACGUUUAUGUAAUAACUAAUUAGGCCAGAGUGUAAAUUUUGUAUCACUUUAUAAUACUUUCAUAUGAUUACAAACGUUUGAUAGUAUGAAAAUGAAAUAUACAUAGAAGCUGAUAAAAAACAACGCUUCAUCGGAAAAUAAGACUGUGUAUUGCCAAUACUUUUUGCAGAUAAUUGGAAAGUAUCGAUUUAUUUCCAUAUUUCUAGGGAAUACAAGCUAAAAUGUUUCAUUUGUGGAAAAUAUUUCAAUCUAUCGCCCAUCGAAAUAGACAUUGCUAGAGGAGUUAAAAGAGACUGACACGCUAUUUUUCAAGAACUUCUAGCAUUUAAAACAUAUUUUUCACACUAUAUUUUGUACAUAAAAUUCUUAAAAUCAUUUCUAUGUCCGUUUUUACUCGCCUGUUUCAUGCUAUUUUAUUGCUACAUAUUAUCAUUCGCCUGAUACGGAUCAGCCUAUAACAAUUACUAGCUUCUGCAUUUUUAUCUUAGAAUUAAAUUCUUCUUUCAAACAUCACUCUGAUUGUAAAGGAUUAAACGUUUCUAAGAUACGCAACGUUAACAAGAGGCAUUUGAAAAGAACGUGUAAGGUUCGAUUCAAUCUUAACCGACCUGCACUAUCCAUGUGAAAUAAUUUCAAAUACACAUUACUGAAAUAUUUUCAGACCAAAAUGCGCUUCUAAAAUAAAGUUGGACAUCCCGAUACUGCACUUAGGAUUCCAUGAAAAUUCUAUUAGUCACCUGUCAGCGCGAUAUUCUUCGCGAUCGACUCCGCCAGAGUUCUAUUAAAAUUCUCCGUUCCAAAUUUAACCAAUAGGAGAAUUUGAUUUCGCGACACUUUCAAACAGGAUGCCCGAUUCUCUAAGUCUCUAGGAACAUUAUCGAGCUAACUAACGGAAUCCUCUUACAUACAGGAGCCUUUGUGUCAAGCGUGCUCGAUCGUUUCUAGUACGCGAACAAUCUCAACGCUGGCUCCACUUGUUCGCUAAUUGAGCCGCUAUUCGUCAAAUGUUUCUCGCCGUCUAUUUUCCUUUCGUUUCUUUCCGCCUCCUUUUAUUCUCCACUAUACAGUUAUUUUCACCUGGAAAAUCAGCCGUUCGAUCUCGCAGCGUCCGAUAUUCGCGCAGACCAUUCAUCGAUCUCGAGCAAAGCGGCUUCGAAACGGUGUAUUAUACUUGUGGACGGUUCCGCGAUGCUCUAUCACCUGUUUAAUAUCUUCGAGAGGGGCGAGGAGGAGUUUCAGAGGCAGGUAAAGAAAGGAUCGGUGAGAGAAAAGGGUGAUGGAGUACAACUAAGAAACUGAGAGCAAGAGAAGAUCCUUUUCGCGAUAAGCUCCUUAAUGGCAUAUCUUCUCGCCCUUAUUACAGGGCCGUACUUCACGGAUGAACGACCAGGGUAGAAAUCGACGGGCUGCUCGAUAAGAGGAUCACCGGUUAGGGACACGUAGCUAUUGCAAAGAGUUUCGUUUUCUUGUGCACGCAAGAGGCUUUUGCUGCCUUUCUUUCUUUCGCAUUCGCCUUCGCUUUAAACUUCGCCAGUUUAGUCAAUGGAGGAGAAGAGUCUGCAGACUAGGUACUCGAAACUGAUCACGCGGCGCCGAGACAAGUCGUCACCAAGUUGUAGAAACUGGAUUCUUUCCCGUUGCUUCGCGAUCUGUCGAAAAUACCACGAGACAGAGACAGGAGAAUUAUAUCUGCUCUGUUGAACUUCCUUCGGAUUUAGCUUCUCGUUAAAGAUAGUAUUUUAUUGUAAAGCGUUUCUUCAGCUACUUAGUAUCUUUUUAAUGAAAUAUUUACAUCGGUUUUUCAAUAGGAAUUUAGAACGUACAUUUAUUCGUGUUUCAGAAGAUUCGUAAAUUUUUUAAGAAGAUAUAACCGGGAUUGAUAGUUCUAUAGUCUUUAGGCUUGUAGUGCCUUUGUAAUGAAAUAUUUACAUCAUCUAUUCCGUAGGAAUUUGGGACAUUUAUCCAUGUUUUAGAACAUUCGUAAAUUUUUUAAGAAGAUAUAUCCAGAAUUAAUGGUCGUAUAAUUCUUCGAAUGGAUUUUGAAGAGAAAGUUUUCACGUCGCUUUUGUUACUUUCAAUGAAUUUUUACUUUUUCCCUACCUUUCACCGACUGAAAGAAAUAAAAAUAGGUGCGCUCGAAGUUCAGAGGCAAUAGGUCAAGUAGACUUUAACAUGACAUGGAAAAUAUUUCAAGGAACAUUGGCUUCGAGUAAACUACCUUAUUUAUUGUAUCAUUUUCCAAACAACCACAAUUCCCUGAAUAUUGAAAAUUCAGAUACAGAACUUCGUAUAGAUAUCUUCGAGACUACAUUGUUUCAGGAAAAUAAGAAAAAGAAUUCGACUUAUUUAAUUCGGCUACAAUAGGAUACUCCCUUAAGUUUUUCAUAUUCGCUCGAGACGUGAACAAUAUGAUUUCUGUGCACACGAAUAUGUUUGUUUUUGAAGCAUUAACAAUGCUUGGAACAUACGCACGCCGCAGUUACCGCUCGACUUCCGGUCGCGACUCCUGGAGAACCUCUCGCCAGCAUUAUUUCGCGAAGUUUCCGCAUGUGUAUGGUGCGAAUUUUUCUGCCAUUCCCUUCUGAUUUCCCCUGAAAUCUACCGUACCGUGAAUAUAUCUCUUUAGAAUUAACCUGUGAAAGUUAAAAUUGAUCUAUAGUAAUAGAUCGUUGGAAAAGAUAGCGUGGUUUAAUUGAAACGGACAAAUGGGUGCAUUUGGAGUUGUUUCAUUUCGGUUUCAAAUCGUUCAUCUAUUCCUGUCAGUGAUUUAACUAGAUUUAAUGCAAUAUUUAAUGAUCGCUAAUCUCUUUGGAAUACCACGUCAUAUUUGGAUCGCGAAUUAUUCAAAUAGCGGGCAUUACUCGUACUCUCGUAGUAUUUGGCGUAUACGUUUGUUCAAACGAAAUGUUUGCGUGCUGAAACGUCCGGAUAAUGUGAGAUUCGGAUUUAAACGCGCGUUUCAAAUGUUCAGAGUAACGUUUGUCUUCUUUAGCUCUAUCAUUAUUACCGCGUGCUCGGCUGAAGCGUGAGAUUAUUGUAUUGCACCGGGUGUUUCGGAAAUCUGACGAUAUAAGUCCGAAAAAUGAGAUUCUUUAUGGAACAUUAAAUCUCGUAAUAAUAUUUAAUUUUAACGAAGUAAAAUAACUGCAAUAUAUUGUAGUAAUUAAGAUACUUUUAUAAGUAUAUUUUAUAGACGAUUUUUCAAGAAUACGAUGUAUUAAUUGAACAAAAGUGUUUUAUUUAAUCCUUUGUAUUGUGAGACCAUAUUUGAUGCGAUAACACGACGUGAUGAUUCAUGGAAGUUAAAAAUUGCUUUGGAAAUAUACAUAUGUCUGUGUACAUAUGGAAAUUUUAUGUUUUAUACUCGUCGGUAAUGAGAUAAUUUCAACGUCUCUUGUUGAAUAUGAUUGUACAGUUCGAAAUUUUCUUUCGAAAAAUUCGUUUCAUUCUACAAUUUCAUCGCUGCAAUUUCCAAGCUUUCGGAAUUUGUGAAUACUCAACUUUUUAGCUUAUAUAUUUUAUUUGUUAAAAAAUUGAUUUAUAUGCUGUAGUGUACUUUUAUGAAACAUGUUACAGAAAGCCAUUUUAGAUUAACAUAUAUUAAAAUUAUAUGCAUAUUAUAUUUCUCGUAUUAUGCAUAUUUUAUUAGUAGGAAUAAAAAAGUAAAUUUUAAAUAUCCAUAAACAACUUUUUCAUAUCCGAGAUCAGAUAUAAAAUCGGACAAUAUUCGAAUUGAUUAAAACAGGAUAGAAAAAUAAUUAUAGAACGAAAGAUUAGAAAAGUAUAAAAAAUCCUAUAUGAUGAAUUGUGAAAAUUAAGGUUGAGCUGCGUGAUCCUCUUAAUCCUCUUUGAUGGAUACUGUUAUAUCCUAAAGCGAACUUUCAACCGUAGAAAAUAUUUCAUCUCGUCUUUUCUUUUUUACGCGUAUACCAAUUUUUUUACACGCGAUGGUAGCGAUCCGUUGCAGGAUGCAUUUAUCUUACGUCCGAAUGGUUAUUGCAUUCAAACAUCUAUCCUUCGCUUUAGAUGUCCCCUUUGUUUGCAUUCAUCCGAUGUCUCGAGCGUGUCAUUAUUUUCGUUUUGGUAGGUUGGUACGAUCAAUCAACGUUAGUUAUUGGUUCUAUCCAGCAGCGGCGCGAUAUUCCUCUGAUUUUGACCUAGACAAGGCGAUAGGUUAUGCGAGACUAAAUCCAAAUAUAUACGAACACUCCGCUUCGUUGAGGGAACUUACGAAUCUCCGGUAUGAGACGGUGAAAUUAUUAUUAACCCAUUUCCAUCCAUUUCGAGUUUCGUGCUAGGUGAAACAAGGCGAAGCACCGGACCUUUUGCGGCCAUUAAAAAUGAAUCAAUUUGUCAAGGUAGCUUUUAACCGAUAUCUGUCUCACGGAACAGGGAGAUGGUGCAAGCUAAAUCAACGUAGAUAUAAAUUUCAUCGACCGUUAGAAGACAAUAGAUUUUUUUCCACGAGUAUCAAAUUGGUCUAACGUGUUCAUCGUGUUGAAAUUAUCCAACGACCGUUGAAAAUAAAUCGCCGUUUCUCAUAA